CAAGAGGUGGUUCCUCUUGUAAAUACGAGUUUCAGCUGGAGGAUAGAGUCAGUUAAGAUCUGUGAAGUGCCUGUGUUCGCCAUGCUGUGGACUGCAAGUCUCUGCCUCCUCUGGGCUUUGUCCAUCGUCGGAGCUCCGGUAAACAAACAGAGACAGAGAGUGCUGCUGAUCUCCUUCGAUGGUUUCCGGUGGGAUUACGACCGCGAUGUCGACACUCCAAACCUCGACAAAAUGGCCAUGGAUGGAGUCAAAGCCCUGUAUGUCACACCUCCUUACCUCACCAUCACCAGUCCUACACACUUCACCCUCUUGACAGGCCGCUACAUUGAGAAUCAUGGGGUAAUCCACAACAUGUGGUUCAACACAACCACCACAGAGAAGAGGCCGUACUAUCAGACUCAGUUUGUGAACGAGUGGUGGGACAAUGGCACUCUGCCUAUCUGGAUCACGGCGCAGAGACAGGGCCUAAAAGCUGGCUCUCUUCACUUUCCUGGCACCGCUUCCAGUUACCAGGGACAGGUUGCUAUGGUGCGGGAAGUGGAGCCACUGCUUUACAACUACAAGAACGAGACAGCUUGGCGAGAGAACACAGACAAGGUGAUGGGCUGGUUCAGAGACCAGGACCUGGACUUCGUGUCCCUGUACUUCGGUGAGCCAGACAGCACAGGACACAAAUACGGCCCAGACUCCCCCGAGCGACGGGAGAUGGUCAAGCAAGUUGACAGAACCGUGGGCUACAUCCGAAACUCAGCUGAACAACAUGGGCUCACCGACAGCCUCAACAUCAUCAUCACAGCAGACCACGGCAUGUCCACGGUGUACCGCAACGGUCUGGUAGAAGAGAUCACCCUGUCCAAGAUCCCGGGCUUCUCGUUCCGUGACCUGUCGUUUCACCUGGUGGACUUCGGACCCUCUGGGAUGCUACUGCCAAAGCCAGGAAAGCUGGAGAAGGUUUACAGUGCCUUGAAGGGCGCCCAUCCACACCUCCAUGUAUACAAGAAGGAGGAGAUGCCAGAGCGACUCCACUUUGCCAAAAAUGACCGUAUCCUCCCCAUCAUUUUAUGGGCCGACCCUGGAUAUGUAAUCAAUGGGUAUUUCCCAGUUCAGUUCCACAAGGGAGAGCACGGCUUUGACAACCAAGAGAUGGACAUGAAGCCUUUCUUCAGGGCAGUGGGUCCAGUGUUCCACAAGAACCUGGAGGUGGGACCUUUUGAGACUGUAAACAUCUACCCCUUGAUGUGUCACAUCCUGGGCAUCCAGCCGGAGGUCAACGACGGCCACCUGAACGCCACCAAACACAUGCUGGUUACCAGUGCUACUGCUCAGGAUGUGAAUUUCCUGCGAAACGUCUUCACUGGACUAGCUGCAGUGGCUGGAUUUCUGGUCAUAGUUUUUAUAGUGAUGGUAUCCCACACAAUGAUCAAGAACAAACGCAAGAAUAAAAGACCAGCAAAUUUGAAACAUCUACCAGAAAAGGAAAAUACAAAACAAACUGCAUUUUAAUCAUCUCACAAAGGUGAUGCUUCAGUGUGAGACUGAGAAACAGCUGCCUGUGGACGGUCUGAAUGGGUGAUUCCUUCUCAUGAAGGAGGAAAUGUGAGGAAAUGCUCUCUGUUCAUUGCACAAGGAUCCAAAAAAAAAAACAGUCGAUCAUUACCAUCUUAUGAAUUAUUAAUUUUGGUUCAAAACAGAGAACAGAAAUGAGCAGGACUGUGGGAAUAUAAUAAAAUAAAAGAACUCAUCCGCUCACUUUGUGUUCAUUUUGUUGAAUCCUCCACAGCAAAGUGUGAGAACACAAGGUUUAUAUGUACAUUACUGUCUGUAUCACAACGUGUUGUAAUUAAUGUCUGAAUGAAUAAACUUAAUUUGUCUUAAAA